AUGUCACAACAUCAAGAUACUUCUGCUUCAAAAAUUACUAAGUCUACUCCAAACGUUAGUGCUCCUCCCAUGGGCGUCCCUGAUGAUGAGAUUCUGGAUGUUGCUCCUCUCUCUGUUAUUCCCGAUGCGAACAUUGAUUUGAACCAACCCAUCUCCAUUGAUGCCUCUGCUUCUGCAUGUUCUAAUCAAGGCCACUUUGUGAAGGGAGUUUUUACUCCCCUUGCUCAAAUGUAUCCCUCUCCCGAGGUUGAACAACCUAGUGGUAAGGGUGAUGAUUCCUCUAGUUAUGAAAAGGACCUGGCUGCUGAAGGGUUGUGCUCUCUAGGGAAAACCGUGUUUGAAAAAGGGAAAUUUGUGGCCUCUAAUACUGCUAAUGCUUCCCACUUUGAGAAGCAUGAUGAUGUAAAUGUUGUGAUUGAUAUAGAGGAUGGUAGCUCUGAUGAUCAAGAGGAAAGUUUACUUCAUCACACAAAGCCAAGUGUGGUUAAACGCAUGAAGACUCACAAAGGAAAGUCUAUGGCUGAACUUAUGUUAGCUAGAAAAGCUAAGAAGACUGCUGAUGUCCCUGACAUCUCGCCUGUGAAGAAAACUACUGUUAGGAAGUCUCCUGGUAAAGUUCUUGAUGUUCAUUUGGAUAACAUCUCAUUCCAUCUUGAGGAUGGAGUAGCUAAGUGGAAAUUUGUGAUUCAGAGAAGGGUAGAUGUGGAAAGGGAAUUGGGAAAAGAUGCUGCUGAUGUCAAGGAGGUCAUGGACCUGAUAAAAGUUGUUGGGCUGUUGAAGACUGUUGCUGGGUUCUCUCAAUGCUACGAAGGUUUAGUCAAGGAAUUUAUUGUUAACAUUCUUGAGGAUAUUUUUGAUAAGAACAACAAGGAGUUCUGCAAGGUGUAUGUGAGGGGAAAAGAUAAUGAGGGUGCAGGAGAAUUAGAAGUUACAGACAAUCAAGUCUGUAGGGAGAUUACAGCUAGGCAGGUGAAAGUUUGGCCUGUUAAAAAGCAUCUUCCUACUGGGAAGUUGACUGUCAAAUUUAUGUUUGAACAAAUCAUCAAGCAUGCAACUACUAAUGCAGAUAAGCUGCCAAUUGCUUUUCCCUUUAUGAUCUGUGGAAUUAUCUUGAAUCAACAUCCUGGUAUCCUGUGCGCAAAUGAUUUACCUAGUAGGAGGAAAUCAGCUUUGUCUGUGCACUACAAACUCUUUGAAGGUAAUCAUGUCGAGGAUAUUGUCAUGACAUCUGCCAUGAAGAGGCCAAUCUCAAAAGUUGGAGCAAUUGCUGAGCUUAAGGAGACUUGCAAAGAGCUAGCCUUGAUUGCAAGCUUGGAGCAGACUGAGGGUGAAAAUGUUGAACAUGCUAAUGUCAGCCAUGAAGAAGAAGCUGAAGCGCACACCUCUAGUGAGAGGUCUGCUAACAAUGAUGAUGCAAGUGGCAAUUCUGGUUCUGGUGCUGAUGAAGCUGCAAGCUCAAGCUCUACUGAGUAG